AUUCUACAAUAUAUACAGUAGUAUUCGAACUCAUCCCUGUUCAGAGAAAUUAUUACAACAGCAAGCUCCUAUAGGGAGUCGUAAGUAUAUCAACAUGUCGUCGAAAGCGGCUGCAAAGGCACUGAAGAAAGCAGAGCGCGCACAGAUGAAACUCGCGAUGAAGGGGACGAGUCGGUGCUAUUUUGAUCUCGGUAUUGAUGGGAAAUUGGCCGGACGUGUUGUAUUCGAGCUCUUUGGCAAUAUUUGCCCCAAAACAACUGAGAAUUUUCGGAUGCUGUGUACUGGUGAAUUAGGGGAAACGUUGAGCUACAGAGGGGUCAAGAUCCAUCGAGUGAUUCCUAAUUUCAUGCUUCAGGGUGGCGAUAUAUCCGCUGGUACUGGUUCGGGCCCGCCUCAGUCCAUCUAUGGUGGGAUGUGGCCUGAUGAAAAUUUCGUGCUUGCACAUGACAAGCCCUUUCUACUCUCCAUGGCCAACCGCGGUCCAGAUACCAAUGGCUCUCAGUUUUUCAUCACUACAACUGCGGCGCCUCAUCUAGAUGGCAAACACGUGGUAUUCGGUAGAGUCGUGUCUGGAGAAGAGGUUGUGAAACAGAUCGAGGGCGUUGAGACGGACAGAUCAGACAGGCCGUUCGAGACGGUCACAGUGAUGAAAUGUGGAGAGCUGGUGCGUCGAUCUGCUGGAAAUGCCACGAAGGUGUCAGAAAAGCGGCAACGGGAAGUAAGCCGCGACGAAAAAAGUGGAGCCGAUUCCGGGAGUGAAGCAAGCUCGGACAGUGACGACUCGAGGAAGGAAGCAAAGAAGUCUAAGAAGCAUAAAAAGGAAAAGAGCAAGUCGAAGAAGAAAAAGAAGUCGAAACGCAAAAAGCACAGACGACAUGCCUCGUCCUCUGACUCAGACCGCGACAGCGACAAGAACGCGUCAGGCUCAGGUUCGGAAGGGUCUGAUUCUGGUAGCAACUCAGAUGCACGCACUCGUCGACACCGCAAACGGCACAAGAACAAGCGCAAGAAAAGAAAAGCGAAACGCAGCCGACAUGACAGCGCGAGCAGCAACAGCGAUAGUAGAAGUGACAACGGGGAUGUGAGUGAUGUUGAGAGCGAUGCUAAAGCCAAAACAAAGGCGGACAAAGCAGAUACUGGAAAUAAGAAUGUACGCAUCUCUAAAUCGGGUAAGCUAGUGCGUGGCCGAGGCAGUUUCCGUGCGCAAAGUCCGUUGAGAGGCCCUAGAUACACUAUUGGGGCUGCCCGGCGCGAUCCAAACCGUGACCGAUACAUGUAUGCGUCGAAACAUGAGCGCAGGUGGGAUGCACGGAAACGCAAGGGUGGUUAUGUGGACCGUGAUUCUCCCAGGUAUGGCAAUCGGGGUAGGGAGAGGGAUAGUCGAAGUCGAAGUUAUAGUCGCAGUCUCAGUCGUAGUCCCAGCCGCACUCGCAGGCGUUAUCGUAGUCGUAGCAGGGGCCGUGCAGCACGUGGUAGCAGAAGGUAUUCGUCAAGUGAACGCGGCAAUUCGAGUGAUGAGGCAGACAGACGGGAAACCCUGUCGACUCAGAUACAGGCACGCCUGGACAAGCAGCGCGAAGCUCGCCGCCAGAAAGACGACGAGGAAAAGCAGCGGAAAUUGACGAAGCGCGCCUCGGCAUCGGUAGAACCGGGAGAAGUGAGUGACGGUGCAGGCACAAGAAGGCAAGACAUUGUCCCGUCCAGUGCACAUUCCAAGGAUGAUGAUGGGAUGGGAGAUAUCAUCAUCACGGCGAGUGCACACGUGGAUGAAGGUUCAGAUGAGCAGGAGGAUCACGUGGACAGUGACGGCAGUGAUCAGCCCAUUGCGGGUGCAUCAGUCACUAUGCGCAUGGACGGCGAUGAUUUGGAAUAUAAGAUGGAGCGUGUAGAGGGGAAGAAUGAUGGGGAGACGGCUGAUGCCGAGCCAACCGAGGCGUCCUCAAAGUCCAGAUCCAGAUCACAUUCUAGAGCCAGAUCUGAAAGUGGCCCCACAAAGAUCACACAUUCGCGUUCUACCAGUCGCGAGAGAGGACGCGGAAACGCUCAGGAUAGGUCUCAUCAGCGGGAUAGAGAUUCCUCCUCAGACGGGUCGCACCGCCUUUCGCGGUCACCGCUGACCUCUCACCGUCGACAUGAGAGAGGCGCUAGGCAUAGGGGCCGGUCGAAGAGGCGCUCAUCGUCACGAUCAAGCUCUCCGAAGAAGUCUAGGAGCAAACGGGAACGAAGAUCUAGGAGCAUCUCAAGUAGGAGCUCCAGGUCCAGAUCCGGAUCUAGAUCGAGAAGACGCCCAACCAAGCGCCGAGCAGGACACAGGAGACACCGCAGGCGCUCACGCGACAGCAACAGCAGCAGCAGCAGUGCUGACUCGAGGUCGGACUCGGACUAAUGGGUUAUCUCAGUAGUUAUACGCAGGGUCCGUACUUUGUAAGCAGUGCGUGAUUGGGCGAUGUGUCUAACAAUCGCCGCAAAUACACCUUCACAUCAUGCAUGUUGGUUGCUCAAUGAUACCAAUAAAUUAAUACUGAGUGA